AUGAACAUUAUCGGACUUCACAGAGGACCACUGAUGUCUUCGCAGGACGCCGUCACAUGCACACCGACCGCCGCAUGCUGCUUCCCUGCCAUCACAGGUCUCCUUUUCCCUCCCAACCCUCUCCGACGACCUACAACCCUCCACCAUCGCUCUAGCCACUGCCGGUCUCCAGCCCCGUCAAACUUGUCGACAACAGCAUCAGGUAAUGGUUGUGUAUUCGAAAUUGACUUUAUACCAGGGUUAAUUUCUGAAAUCAAAUUUCUUAAUCAAAUUGUGAAAGGUCUUGAAUCUUCUUCUGUCGGCUCGGGUGGUGCUAUUGACCCAACUGAAGCUUAUCUUCACAGGGAAACAUCAACGGCUGACAAUGACACAAAGAUCCCCGAUUGCAGAUACAGUUGCGGUGACAUAUGGAGCAAUCUCGGUGUUUUUUUAUGCAAGAAAAUAUUGGUUGCUAUUACUGCGGAUCAUUGGUAA